AUGCAAAACCCUUCUUUCUUGCAGGACUUAAUUUGGAUUCUCAAAUCAGUCCCUAAUAAGAGGUCGACGAAAGGGUUUUUGCAAAAGUACGCUCCUCUUCGGUUUGAUUAUGCCUCUUCCAAAUUGUUAGAUAAUGGAUUAUCAUAUGGCCUUCAAAAACGGAUAGCAAUUGCAAAGAUUGCCGAUGUAGACUCGCUCAACGAUGAAACUUUGUUUGGCAUUGGUAGAAGCAUUUACGGACUUACCCGCCUUGGUAUACAUUCUCUAAUUGUUCCUACCGGAUUUGACUUGGGUAUAACAGCCAAAUUCAGAUUACCAGAAGAAAAGCAAUCACAAUGGACCAUGCUCAACUCCCUUUAUUCUCAACAGAACCGGGUUAUGCGUGUCUCGGACAUCUUUUCCAAGGCCGGCGUAUUAACCAAGCCACUGUAUUCUUCCAUUUGUCAAUUGGGUCCCAAUGGCGCACACCUUGAAGACAUUGAUUCCGUCUAUCGUUCGUUAACAUCUGAUUAUACACCGAUUAUUCCAAGCUCAGCAUUUAUGCCAAAUCUGAAAGAGAUUAGUAUGGAUGGAGACGAAAUUAUUUAUGGUCUGACGAAAAGUUUGCACAAGCCAGAAGAUGGUUGUACAGUCGAUCGACUAAUUAUUCUUGAUAAAGUGGGCGGUAUGCCUUGUGCUCAACGGCCCCAAGGGUCGAGUCAUGUAUUGAUUAAUCUUGCUCAAGAAUACGAGGAAUUGAGAAAAUCACUACCGAAACAUCACAUCAAAAAUCUAUUUUUGGCUCAGCGGUGCCUGAAGGUGUUAUCCAAAGAGGCCUCCGCCAUUGUUACUACUCCAACUGAAGCUAUGCUAACGAAUUCUUCGAUGAAUCGAAACCCGUUAAUUCACAAUGUUUUAACUGAAAGAUCCAUUUUCUCUUGCUCUUUACCUCGAGAUCGAUCGCCUGUUACGAAGACUACUUUACUUCGAGGUGGUGUUGCCGUAUAUACAUAUAUGGGACCUGAGUGUAUUACUGAUGGUUCUAUUUCCUGGGAAAGGGUGUGGACGUUGAUUAAUGAUUCUUUUAGUCGCACAUUGGAUAUGGAAGCCUAUUUGAAACGUUUGAAAAAUUCACUUGCUGCAAUCAUUAUUGCUGGCGAUUACGCCGGUACUGCCAUUGUUACUUACGAAGAAGCUAAUAAUGGGAAAACAAAAGUUCCUUAUCUUGAUAAAUUGGCUGUGUCGAAAAAUGCGCAAGGCUCUGCUGCAAUAUCCGAUGUCCUAUUCAACGCAAUGGUAGAUUUAUUCCCUAAAGAAUUGAUUUGGAGAUCUAGAUUGGACAACCCAGUGAACAAAUGGUACUUUGAAAGAAGCAUUGGCUCUUUGAAGUCACCAAAAACGCCUUGGAGAUUAUUUUGGACUGGAGAUACCCAAGUAAAAAGUCUUGACCAUAUCAGACAUUAUCUGAGUAUUAUAGAUCGGAUCCAGCCAACUUGGUUAAACGAUUAA